AUGGAUUCUGCAAAUUUAUUUCUGUUUCUGAUUGGAUUGACAAUAUAUUUUUGGUGCAGGUAUUAUUGUAGACCUGAUUAUGAUAUUGAUGAAGAUUCAGGAGAUAUUCCAGUAAUUCAUCAAAUAUCCUCCAGAAAUUUCGGUAUUAUAGUUGAACCUAUCAGAGAUCGACUGCCUAGUUAUGAUGACAGCUUGUUCAUUAGUCGUCCACUUAAUGUAUCUCAACUUAGUCUCCAAAACGAUCGCAGAUCAUCAAUAAAUUCACAAGUGUCCCUCCUAUCAUCAGGAAUAUACUCACAUCAUUCGCUUAUAGACAUUCCAGAGGAAACUGAAAGUCUGCCUAGUUAUGAUGAAGCCAUUGCAGAAAUGGCUCGUCAACAAAGUCAAAACUCAUCGUGUACCAAAAGCUAA